AUGGAUGAAGUAGACAAGAGGCCUGAGGAAAAUAAAGGCAGUGAAGACAGAAAACUGAAGAAAAGACAGAAGAGCCAGUUCCAACAUGAAGCAGGGUGUAGCUUUGAGAAAUUCCUAGCAAGGGAUGCUGCGUCAGAUUCCAUUUCUGCUGUCGUGGUGGUGGAAAGUGUUGUCAAGUCACAGCAAACUUACGGCAACUGCCGGUCUAAGGUCCGUGCCAUUAUGUACGAGGGUGACAGCUUACAGUUUCGCCAGAAGCUUCUGAACAUUGCCGGAGGCUUGGGAAAGGGUGAUGUAGAGGACCUCAAAUUUCUCUGCAAGGACUUGAUCCCCUUUGGCAAGCUGGAGGUGAUGACAUCAGCCCGUGAGGUCUUCGAGUUCCUCAUAAGUAACGACGUAGUAAAUCAGGAGGACACCUUUGUCAUAGCGGAGCUUCUCUAUAGGAUUCACCAGAUUUGUCUGCUGCCCCAAAUUGGCUAUAACAAAGAGAUGGUUCAAGUAAAUCUACAUCUAAAAGGGCAGGUGUCUGAAUUCCGACAGAUGCUGUAUGAAUUGUCAGAAGACUUCACGGAGGAUGGUCUCACAUCUGCUGUGUUCCUUCUGAAAGAUCAUCUCCCAAAGAGACAAUCCCAUAUGUCUGGUAUAGAACUACUGACUGCCUUAGAGAAGAAAGACCUCUUAUCUGAGAACAACCUAACCUUGUUGGAAGAUGUGUGCAAGAAAGUAUCGCCAGACUUACAGAAGAAAAUCAUAACGUACAAACUGAAAAGAGUUCUCUGA